UUGAAGAAGAAAGAGGAUGGGAAACGAAGACGAUACAACCGGCGAGAAUCAGAAUCAGGCGCGCCUCAUCAUCCCCGAUUUCCUCUCCCUUCAAGAGUGCAAGGAAUUGGAAUUCAUUCAUCGGAGCUGCUCCACCGUCGGUUACCGUCCCAACGUCUUCUCCACCACUCUGUCUCACCUCAUCGCCACCAAUUCUCCGCACCUCAUCAUACCUUUCCUCUCCAUCCGUGACCGCCUGAGAGAAAAGGUCGAGGAGUUCUUCGGCUGCGAGUACGAGCUUUCCGUCGAGUUCACCGGUUUAAUUAGCUGGACGCGUGGUGCAAGCAUAGGCUGGCACACUGAUGACAACAGGCCUUACCUCAAACAGCGUCACUUCACUGCAGUCUGCUAUCUGAACACUUAUGGCCAGGAUUUCAAAGGUGGCCUUUUCCACUUCCGGGAUGGUCACCCGAGUACUGUCGUCCCAACCGCCGGGGCUGUUUCAAUUUAUACCGCUGAUGACCGUAAUGUUCAUUUGGUGGAUGAGAUACUUGAAGGAGAAAGAUUGACCCUCGCAAUGUGGUUUAGCCGCGACAGUGCACAUGAUGAAGAUACUAAACUUAUAUCCCUUCUGUCUUCAAACAUGCCUUGCUCUUCAAGCAAAGUUUCCGAAGAGUUGCUGCUGCCUAAGCCAGCUUCCAGCAAUAUGUACUGGUUUUGUCCGGAUCAAGAGCAGAAUGAAGAAUCGGGGUUUGAUAUAUGUUGUGCAAGGAUUUAUGUUGCUGGGUUUGAUGUCUAUUCUACCGAAGAAGAGUUAUCUUGUUCUGAUUUCUCUGAACUGCUGCAGCAGCCCCUGCAACUAGCAAGGAGUAAUGUGCUGUUUGAGCAAGAGUUCACCAAUGUGUUGCAUGCACUGCAGGCGGUACAAUUUUAUCUGUGGAAGGGGACAACACCAGAAGAUUCCGAGGGAGUUAGAAGGAGGAAAAUAAGUUUACUGUCUGAGUUGGAGCAGGGGACGGUUGCUUCUAUGAAAUCCAUGUUUGUGAAGGAUAAUGAACUGGCGAAUAAGAUGUUUCGUGACGAUAAAUGCUGUCUGCAUGAAUUCGACUGGGCUGAGUUCACUGUUUCGGUCGAUGAACUGGAACGCUAUUCUCGUAGACUACAGAAAGAGUUGAAUCUGGUACUUCUUUUCCAUCUCCAUCUGGCAUGAGUAUCAGCCUGGUAUGUCGUUCAAGUAUUUAUGUUAUGUGUUAAGAUUAGCCAAUCAUUCGUUAAGAUUUGAAUAAGUUACCCUUACCAAGUGAUAACUACAAGACCAUGGGAUUAACCAGUACCAUAAAUGCCAUUGCUGAUUACAGUGACAAAGGUACAAUAGAAGGCGAGGAUCACG